CACAGCCACGUCCUGCCCCGGCCGCUGCACCCCAGUGUGCCCAGCGCCGCCGGAGCCCCCCACGGCCUCUGCCCGUGCCCUCGGCUGGGAUCCCAGCGCAGCCGGAGCUCGCACCGGGAGCAGCUCGGGGACCCCCAGGCCAAUGGAGCGCGGAGUCCAGCGCUCGAAGAGCGGCCCCAGGGCAGCGCGGGCGGCUUUCUGCCUCCUCCAGAUCCCGGAGCCAGACCCCUUCAGCCUGUGGGUUUAGGUGCUCCUGCUUCGCCUCUCCGGGAGCCGCUGCUGCUGACGGAGGUCCCUGCGCGUCCUCGGGGUCCCUGAUGGACCCUCCAGGGUCCAUCCAGCCUGGGAGAACCACAUGAGUGGCGGAGCAGCAUGGCCAGCGACACGAGGAUGGGGGAGACCCCCCCACGAUGGAGGAGAGCCCGGGACAUAGCACAGGAUGGGAUGGAGAGCAGCAGGAUGCUCUUCCCAAGCCGCAGCGCUGCUGAGCUGGGACUCACAGGCUACCCGGAGCCCGGCAAGCUGAGCUAUGGGACGGAGAAGGGGUGUCCCUGGAGGGGCCCCGAGGGAUGCCUGGGACCAUGUGGCCGGUUGGGCUGCCCCUGCCCUCCUGCCCCACCGUGCCUGCGGGAUGCCCUGUGCCAGCCCGAGGAUGGAGCCGAGCUCCCCACGCUGCCGCCCCCCAGCAAUGGGCAGCCCUGCAAGGGGCACCCAGGACCGCGGUGGGCAGAGGCCGUGCUGGGCCCCCUGGCUCUCUACAGCCACCGGUACCCCCUGGCCCUGCCGGGGAUGGGGAAGCCCCGGGCGGCUGCGGGGGACACGGAUGGUGUCGCUCUGCACCAUUGCCCCUUCGUCACCGAGAGCAAGCACAGCCCCUUCCUCCUGUCCUCGCUGCUGCCCCCCGCGGCCCCGGCUGAGCCCCCGCUUGGCAUCGGCACGGGGGGAUCCAGGGUGAUGAGCGACGAGCGCUUCCCUGGCCUGGAAUGGUGCUUGGGCUCCUACCCCCCCGCAUGGGGACAGCCCCUCUACCUGGGGGUCCCUCCCAGGGACAAAGAGGCUCCGGAGCCCUUCGGUGGCUGCUCCAGCUCAGGGAAUAAGGAGCUGUACCUGAAGAAAGAACCCAGCUUCCACCCCCCAGCCAAGGACCAGGCACCGCUGCAGCUGCUGGGCAAGGGGCAGGCAGGGCAGGAUGGAGGCAGGGAUGGGGACACAGUGGUACCUAGUGCCCCGUGGAGGGGCGGCCGCGCUCCCCAUGCCCACACGCCUCCCCCCAGCACCAGCCACCCCCUUUUCCUCCUGCACCCCAGUGCUGUGGGGAACAGGGGUGGUCCCUGGGUGGGUACCCGGCCCCACGCCACCCAUUUCCCCAUGGAUCCAGGGCCAGGCCGGCCCUCUGAACCCAAAGAUCUGGUGUACCAAAGCCUCCAGCCUGGACCAGCGGAGUUCAACCCAUCACCUCCACUCACGGAUGGGCAUCACCCACCGGUCCACACCAAGCCAGAGCAUGCCCCAGCUUGUCUGUGCACCACACCAGGAUGCGAUGGGUGCCCGGGGAUGGGCUGUGAGGUGCUCGGUCCCUUCGAGCCCCCCCUGGCCAUGCCUCCCCCCAGCAACCACACCAAGCUGAAGAAGACGUGGCUGACGCGGCACUCGGAGCAGUCGCUGCCACACUCACAGUCACCCCAUGGGGAUGGUGGCUCCGAGACUCCCGCAGAGGGCAAGCGCUCAGCCAAGCGCCCGCACAGCACCACGGAUGGAGCCCACGGUGCUGGUGAUGGUGCUGGGGCAGCCAAAAGGGGCACUAAGGCCAUGGAGCCUGUGGCUGUGGCAUGUCGGGGUGAUGGCACAGAGAGCGGAGGGGACCUGGAGAGGAGAAUGGAGCUGGGAGAGGGAGGCCCGGGGGAGCCGCGGUGGCUGCAGAGCGAGCCCUGCACGGCGCUGCCCCGGAGCAUCCCUCGCUGCUGCGCCUGCAGCGGCCGGCGGCAGGAGGAGGACGAGGAGCCCCAGAGCUCCUGCAGGCUGCUGCGCUUCCGCAGGUUUGCCCUCGGGGCCGACGGGCAGCUGAGCCCCGAUGGCUUCUGCACCCUGGGGGAGGCCGAGGGGGAGCUGCUGGAAGCGGCCAGCCCGGAGCGAGGGGUCCGGAGCACCGGCAGCAGCCUCUGCCUGGCCAAGUACCUGCUGCGGGUGCUGGGGGACCCCUUCUGUGAGGCCGUCCGCAGGGACAGGGACGUGUGGGCAGGAGCCCCCGAGGGUAAGCGGGGGCCGGGGUCUGGGGUGACCCCGGGGCCCGGGGGGCUGAGGGCUGUGUUUCCCAUAGGGGUAAGAGCUUGGAGGCGAGGGGCAGGAGCCCCCCAGCUCUGCGACUGCUGCCAGCGCGGCUUCUUCAACUCGCACUGGAGCUGCCCCAGAUGUGGCUUCCAGCUGUGCCCCGAGUGCCACCGCAGCGGGCGGGGGGCUGAUGGACACGAGGGUCCAGCGUGGCCGCCUGAGUGCAUCCCUGGGCAAGCCCACCCCAUCGCACCCCUCAUCCCUACACAGUUCAUCCCCACACGUGUCCUGACCCGGCUCUGGAAGCUGCUGCACAAGGUCCGAGCCCAGUUUGGCAUCGAGUCUCAUUGCCCCUGUGGGGAAGGGGCUGUGGAGCAGAGCCCAGCAGAGCCCCCCCCGGCGAGCAGGCAGGAGCUGAUGGGAGCCGCGGUGCCGCCCCCCCCACCCAGCGAUGGCCACACCGACACCUCCCGACCCACCAAGGAAGAGACCAUGGAGGAGGGGACCAGGUCGCCAGGGCAGGGACCCCCCCGCGGGGCUGUGCCCCCUGGCACCCUCUGUGACCUCCUGGCCUCCACCGCUGUGAAGCUGUGCCUGGGGCAGGAUGGGGUGCGGAUGGCGUUUGCCCCUGUGUCACCUGCUUUACCCAGGGACAACCACUUCACCAGCAUCCUGGACAGCAUCAUCGCUCGCGUGGUGGAGAGGAAGAUCCAGCAGCAGCAGGUGGGGGGCGAGAUGAGUCCCCCAAGUGCUUCUGAGCCCCCCAGCCCACCCAGUCCCCCCAUUUCCCACUGCAUCCUGGCUCCCAGUGGGCUGCUCUGGCUGCAGGACCCCGGCCACGCUGCCAAAUACGAGCUCUUCCAGGAGCACUGGCGGCAGGGCGAGCCUGUCCUGGUUUCAGGGCUGCAGAAGCAGCUGGAGGAGCAGCUGUGGGGACCUGAAUCCUUCCGCUCCUGUGGGAUGGAGCAGGUGCUGGAGGUGGUGAACCUGCGGGCACCGGACACCCGAAUCCGGGUGAGCAGCCGGGAAUUCUGGGAUGGCUUCACCACCAGUGCAGCUUCCCCAGAGCUGGACCAGGGCAGCAGGGAUUUGCUGAAGCUGGAAAGUGGCUUUGGGGACAUGGAGCCGUGUCGGGUCACCAACCUGAGUGCCAGUUUGCCACUGCCCGAAUACUGUGGACCCAGCGGCCGCCUCAACCUGGGCACCUACCUGCAGGGACACUGUGCCCGGCGCUGGCUGCGCCCGCGCAUCUGUGCAGCUUAUGGUGUGAUGCCCCAAGACCGGACCAUUGGGACCAAAACCCUGACGGUGGAGGUGACUGACUCCAUCAGCAUCCUGGUGCACGCUGCGGCCGGGCAGCCGGCGGCUCAGCAGGCCAUGCUCCUGCAAGCUGAGGAUGUGGACGCUGCCCUGAAGGAGCGGCUCCGGGAUGCCGGCAGCCGCCCCGGUGCCUUGUGGCACAUCUUCCGUGCCGAGGACGCCGGCCGCAUCCAGGCUUUCUUGCAGAAGGUACGUGAGGACCAAGGGCAGGACGGGGCGGCCAUGGAGGAGCAGCCUGGUCCCUACCUGGACCUCUCGCUGCGGACACGGCUGUGCCAGGAGUGUGGGGUGAGCGGCUGGACCCUCCUGCAGUGCCUGGGGGAUGCAGUGCUGGUCCCUGCGGGGGCUCCACACCAGGUUCAGACCCUCACCAGCACCAUCAGUGUGGAGCAGAGGUUCCUCUCACCGGAGCACAUCGCACAGCUCCGGGACCACAGCAUGGACCCCACCGGGACCACGCGGCAGCUCCGUGCCCGGCUCGACAGCAUGAUCUUCUCUGCUGUGCGGGAGGCUGUGGGAGCGCUGCAGGGAUGCAAGUGAGGAUGAGGAUGCUUGGACACGGCCGCGGUGCUGCAGGGAGAUGGGGACGGGCACCUCUUGUCUGGGGCUUUGCCCCAGGAGGCUCAGGAGCAGGGAAUAAAAGUGCAGCA